AUGGUGAAGACUAAGUUUGAUCAUGGUAGGCAAAAGAUUAAGAUCAAACCCAUCCAAAACAUGGAGGCACCUGAGGUAUGCGUCUCCAAGCGCCGCCCAAGCCUAGUCAAGAAGGCUAGCAAGCUUUCCACUCUAUGCGGUGUAGAGGAUGCCAUUGUCAUCUUCUCCCCUGGUAGUGGGAUCCAUGGUGGUGAUGGGGUGCCAGAUACAAGUCAUGUGAUGAAUCGACAACUUGCGGAAUUGCAACAGUCAAUGGAGGCCGAGAAGCGGAUGAAGGAGAAUGUGCAAGAGGCAAUUGAAAGGAAGAGUAGAGGACGCGUGAUCCAACGUUUAAUGGCUGAUGUUGGGAUUUUAGGGCUACACGACUUGGAGUUGAAAAAGGAGGUAUAA